AUGGAGAAGCGUCAAAUCAGCAAUGGGUACAUGGCGGGAAAAACUCACAGGGAACGUUGGAACGUACCUGAUGAUGAUGAUGACGAUGAUGUCGGCCAAAAUGCUCAACGAGAUGUUCUGAUCGGAUGCAAGUUGGAUUUGUUCGAGCUUGGCUUUCUCGAUUUCAGUACUGCUGCUGCUUGCUGA